AUGUUGAGGAUGAGGAACCAGGCGAGUGAACCGGCACCCAAACCCGCGAAGCGACGACGGCCGGGGACGCGCACAAAGCCUCCAGCAGUCUCAGCACCCGACGACGUCGAACAGCCAUCCUCCAAACCUCCUGCUCACGUCGGAGAGUCAUCUUCCAAACCUCCCGUUAAGAAGAAGCCAGCGAAGCAGCGUAAUCCCCCGCCCACGAUCCUGGACGACGCAGAUACAACGGAGCACAAGAGGAGUGAGACGAAGAAGCCCCGAGCAAAGGCUCGCCCUGUACCGGUCCCAAAGGGCGUGAAGCUGAAGCCUAAACCACGCCCGCGGAUGUCCAUGUUUCCACCCCCUCCCGCAGACGACGAAGACAGCGACAGAGACCCCAUAGACCUCCUCCCGUAG